AUGAGUCCCUCUCUAGCCGUCGCCUCGCAGAACUGCUCAGGCCGGACCAAGGCAGAAGGCGGGUCCGCAGGGGCAGCGCUGCGGGUUACGGCGACUCCCGCACGUCCCCGGAUGCAGCUCACUGGGGGCGGCCAUGAUGGCCCCUUUCUCCCCGCCCCCUGGCUUCACGGAAGCUUCACUCAUUGGUCGCUAUGCGCCUGUGACCCGGAUGUUCACACACGGCCCGGAACUCCCGAGGCCUGGAGACGCCGCAAGCUCGGAGCGUCAGCUGCUGCGAGGGAGGACCGGUCUGCGUGGAGCGCAGCCAUGGCUCGUGGUCCCAAGAAGCAUCUGAAGCGGGUAGCAGCUCCAAAGCAUUGGAUGCUGGAUAAAUUGACCAGCGUGUUUGCUCCUCGUCCGUCCACUGGUCCCCACAAGCUGAGAGAGUGUCUUCCACUCAUCAUUUUCCUAAGGAACAGGCUUAAGUAUGCCCUGACAGGAGAUGAAGUAAAGAAGAUUUGUAUGCAGCGCUUCAUUAAGAUUGAUGGCAAGGUCAGAACUGAUAUAACCUAUCCUGCUGGUUUUAUGGAUGUCAUCAGCAUUGACAAGACUGGAGAGAAUUUCCGUCUGGUUUAUGACACGAAGGGUCGUUUUGCUGUUCAUCGUAUUACACCUGAAGAGGCCAAGUACAAGUUGUGCAAAGUGAGAAAAAUCUUUGUGGGCACAAAAGGAAUCCCUCAUCUGGUGACCCACGAUGCUCGUACCAUCCGCUAUCCGGAUCCCCUCAUCAAGGUGAAUGACACCAUUCAGAUUGAUUUGGAGACUAGCAAGAUUACUGAUUUCAUCAAAUUUGACACAGGUAACCUGUGUAUGGUGACGGGGGGUGCUAACCUGGGAAGAAUUGGUGUGAUCACCAACAGAGAAAGACAUCCUGGGUCUUUUGAUGUAGUUCAUGUGAAAGAUGCCAAUGGCAACAGCUUUGCCACUCGCCUCUCCAACAUUUUUGUUAUUGGCAAAGGUAACAAACCAUGGAUUUCUCUUCCCCGAGGAAAAGGUAUCCGCCUCACCAUUGCUGAAGAGAGGGACAAGAGACUGGCAGCCAAACAGAGCAGUGGGUGAACGAUCUCUACACGUAGUGACAUGUUUUAAAAGGUCUUUGUGCUUAAUUAAAAAUAAUACAGCAUGAAAAAAAAAAAGAGAAAU